AUGCAUGUGUCAACCGCUAUUGCUUUCGCUCUUGACCUCGUACCACGAUCAUCUCCACCCUCGCCUCCACUUACAUCUCAUAUCAUGCGCUCUGCAAAGUCCAUGGGCAAGAAGAAGGUUCAGCAGCUGGACGACUCCAUACUUGCUAACCUCGAUGCUGGAGAGGUCAUUCUCGACGAGCACCGCACCAACGAGAAGCAGGCUGAGGAGGCUCUCCUUGGCUAUGCAAAAUUCCCCCUUUUCGGUCGUAACUCAGUGUCCCUCCACUUUGGACGAUGGAACACUCGCCCUGUGUCCCCUGACAUGGUCCGCAAGCUCAAAGAGAGCAUGCAAAAGCAAGGGGUCCGCUGGUGGGCAUUUCCAAUGCCCAUUGCUAUCAAGCGUGAAUGGAUCGAUGUCGGUGAGCUCGCAACGACGCAAGAUGCAGGCGCCAAUCUCCCCCUCCUCGUCCUCACGAAAGCCGGCCGAGAUCAAGUGAUGGAGGGCCUUGGCGGAAGGCACAGGCGUUCUGCGGUCGAGUCGUUGAUGCACGACAUUCAAGAAGAGUUGGCCAAGCUGGAGCGCCAGAUAGAACGCACCAAAAAUGUUGAGAUGGCAGUCGAGUUGACGUCCCAAAAGGACAAGCUUCAGAAGGAGCUGGAUGGCCUUGAGUAUUGGGGUGGGCAGUUUUAUGACAUCGAUAAAGUCACUGCUUCCGAGUCAUUGGCAGAAUUUUUAUCUCGGAACGAAGACUUGCCGAAGAUGAAGGAGACGGUUGAAGAAGGGCUCGUUCUCGACUAUGUCAAACUACUCGAGGCGCAGAAGAAGGACUGGGAGUUGCGAUCCACAAGUGAAGUGAACUUUACAAAGGUUCUGGAUGACAUCUUGAUGCGACAUCCGUCGAGCGAUCGCAAACAUAUCUUGUUCCGACGUCCGGUCAUCCGCAACUUCCUCUUGAUCAUUUACAGUCUUCCGUAUUUCCGCUCAUUCAAGAUGCUCAAAGUGAGUUGGAUGAGAGAGCACCUCGUUCAAGUGCAUGGCAAUAUGUUCAUGUCCUUAGUGAAGGAGGCCCUCGAGGAUCUCACCGACAUUGUGCAGAUUUGCGAGUUUGAGACGACGUUUGACGAAGUGGUCUCGUGGGACCAUUUCACGAACGAGCAGAAUCAUCUGGAGCAGGAUCCGACUGACGUUGCAGAGUUUCAGGGCUGGUUGUACUCUCUGAAGCCCCCGCGGAAGCACUGCGUGGCUUGCGAACUGUCCAUGCUGACCGAGGGCCUGCUGCAGGAGAUCGACAGGAUCUAUGUUGAGGAGUUGCGCGCAUCGAGCUCAGAGAUUUACACCAUACAGCAAGUGCGAAGUGAUGCAUGGGACCGAUACCGGAAUCGUGUCUGCGAUGCAAUACGAUCCGCGUGGAAGGCGAUUCCGAGCGACGAGACUAAUCGCGGACUGGUAGCAACUCAUGGUGUUGCGAAGGCCCGAUGGAUAUUGACGCCAUGGGCUAAAGAUGCCUGUAUCUUUCCGUUGAUGACGCAGAGCGUGAUCGAGGACUUGCACAAGGAACUGCAACUCGUUCCCAACGCACUUCAAGAAGUAAGUACAUACAGUUCAUUCAGCUCUGGUAAACACGACGAGUCUGUCUGCGACUAG